UCUCGCAGAUGUGCUAGGUGCUUUCGACACGGGAGAAACCGGAGCAGCUAACAUUAGAUCGCUUUAAACGGGUAAAACAACAGUGAUGUGUUGAAGUUAAAGACUUAAUCGCGUAUUAAGGAGUGCCUGCUUGAUGUGAAUGGCUCAGUUCGUUUCAAAAAGGACCCGUUUUGCUCCCCUGUCGUCGACAACGAGGAAAUUUUGGAAAUUUGACCCGGUCAGGGAAGAAAACAGCACAGCCGAGCUAAACUCGCCCCGAAUCAAAUGAUUAACAUUGCCGUUUAACGGCGAAAAUCUUCACGGACACACGUUUUCCACAGGUUUUGCCUCAUCAUGGCAGUGUUCAGUUCUCAGGUGCUGUUGGCAGUGACCAGAUCCAGGGGAUCCUACUUGCUCUCCAAACGGCACGGCUGCUCCUCCCUGCCCUCCACCGCCUGCAUCCGUUACCACUCCGAGUUUCCUGGCCAUGCUGCGCUUAUAGCUCGUGCCCCUAGGCCGUUAUACCUGCGCUGCUCCAGUGCCAACUACUUGCGGCCUGCCUGCGUGCCCUCGCGGGCACUGCAUGGCUCCAGCACCUGGCUGCAGGAGCUGAAGGAUUCUCCUGCAGGGUCCGAGACGAAGACGAAUGCUGUUCCCACAGAACCGACCAUACCGAGCAAAGCUGUGACGCGCAAGUCACUGGGUCAGAAAGUGCUGGACGAACUGAAGCAUUACUACCACGGCUUCCGACUGCUGGGGAUCGACACUAAGAUCGCAGGCCGGAUGGUUUGGCGGCUUCUGCAUGGACAACAGCUGACCCGCAGAGAGAGGCGGAGGCUGAUGAGGACGUGUGCAGACCUGUUCCGUCUCGUCCCCUUCAUGGUCUUCGUCAUCGUUCCCUUCAUGGAGUUCCUGCUUCCUGUCUUCCUCAAACUGUUCCCUGAGAUGCUGCCCUCCACCUUCGAGACAGAGUCUAAGAAGGAGGAGAAACAGAAGAAGGGACUUGCUGCUAAGCUGGAACUGGCCAAGUUCCUGCAAGAGACGAUAGCGGAGAUGGCCCGCCGGAACAAGGCGGCCGUAGGGGACGAAACGCAGAAAUUCUCCACCUACGUCCAGCAGGUGAGGCACACAGGUGAGCAGCCCAGCACCAAGGACAUCGUAAAGUUCUCCAAGCUGUUCGAGGAUGAGCUGACUCUGGAGCAUUUAGAGCGACCCCAGCUGGUGGCUCUGUGUAAACUCCUGGAACUGCAGCCCAUUGGCACCAACAACCUGCUGCGCUUUCAGCUGAUGAUGCAGCUGCGCACCAUCAAGGCUGAUGACGAGAUGAUAGCUAAAGAAGGUGUGGCUGCUAUGACUGUGGCAGAGCUGCAGGCUGCGUGUCGUAGUCGGGGGAUGAGGUCUCUGGGUCUGACCACAGAUCAGCUCCGUCAGCAGCUCCAGCAGUGGUUGGAUCUGCACCUGAAGGAGAACGUUCCUCCAUCUCUGCUGCUGCUGUCCAGGGCCAUGUACCUCACUGACCUCAAACCAAAACCUCCUGUUAUCCCCCCCGUGCCAAAGUUAGAGAAAGCCACAGUGACUCCUGCUGAAACCGAAGCGAAGCCCGUCUCCGGCUCUGUGGAGGUUUUGGUCGACUCCGCCCCCGUCAUUAAGGACCGGAAGGCGGAAGAGUUGGUGGAGAAGCCGCGCGGUUUGGACAUGCCGUCACCAGAGGCUCAGUUAAUACACGCCAAAGGAGCAGAGAUGGCCCAGAAAUCCAAGAUGAGUGCCAAUGGACUGUGAGAGAACUUUCACCCCAGUCAAGAAAGAUCAUCCAUACUCCUCCUCUAUCGCUGCUCCUGCUGUGAGAGGAGAUGCUUUUCUGGAGGUGGAGGUGCAUCUUCUUUUCUCCUCUCUCUCUCGCUCUCUCUCCCACUCCAGGAUGUUUGAGCCUCUUCUGAACUUUGGACUCCAUCAUGACUCAAGAGCCGCAACACUACAAGACCUACCGGACCUGUUUUUGCCCUCCGUGACCCGUUCACUCUCUAAAGAAGAGAAAAGAAUCUGAAAUGAGGUCCAGCCAGCAUCCUCAACCUUGAGAACUUUCCAGAACGUCAUGUUCUGCUCAAAUUGGCCACGAAAAAAACGGUUUUGCCUCAUAUGCAGUAUGCAUGCUCUGCUAUAAUAAUCUUGGGUCUUUCUAUUUUUUUGUUUUUGCAGAAUUUCAUUAUGUAAAUUUGUAAAUAUCUUGUAAAAUAUUGCCCUAUUAUAAUAAUUAUUGUUAAUAUAAUGAAGUGGUUCUGCUUUGGACACUCAGCUGUGCCAUAUGUGAUCUAAAAGGUCUGCAAGAACAUCAUGCCGUGUUUUAUUUUGCAUACCUGAACGUGCGGCUAGGUUUGCAGGCAUUUGUUCGUUUCCUCUGGCGAGGGAACGUAAAGUUCACUCCUUCAGGAGAUGCACUGUGGAAACGUUGGCUGGCACAAGCUGUAUUUAGAAUUUAAAAAAAAAGCAUUUGUAUUUUCUGUGUUCAUGAUAUGCAGCGUCCUGUAAAUAACGUAAAGGUUUUUUUUUCUGUAACAGAAACGGAACAGCUGCCUUUUUUGGUCGGUAAAAAUCUAAUCAGAAUUUGUAUGUUUAAUACUGGAUGCUUUGAAGCCCUAAUCAGGAGUCACUUGCCCAGCUACCAACAGCUUCAGUAUCUGACGAAAGGAUGCAGAGUAAGAGUGUGCCAAUGCAAAACUAGCUGUGGGAGCAUCAACCUUCUUGGAGUUUGAAAAUGCCUAUGUUUAGAUAUGUUUGACGCAAAGUGAAUAUCACUUUAGACUAAGAUGAAUUUUCAGGUCUGUGUUUUGUGCCAGUUUUAUAGGGGGAAAAACAACUGGUUUUAGCUUUCCAUUAAAACUGGCUUACUCCCACAGCCUUGGUAAGAAAGUCUCAGAACUAGCUGUGGAAACGCUAGGUAAACAGCUAGCUAUGGAAAUGCAAGAUCCAGAACUAGAUCCAGAAAUAUUAGGUCCAAAAUUAGCUGCGAAAAUGUUAGGUUCCUAGAUAGCUUUGGGGUGUAAAGUGUAGAACUAGCUGUGGAAAUGCUAGGUCCAUGAAUGCUAGGCCUGUAGCUAGCUGUGGAAAUGCUAGGUCCAGAGCUAGAUCUGGAAAUGCUAGGUCCAGAAUUAGUUGUGGAAAUGCUAGGUUCCUAGAUGGCUCUGGGAUUAUGUCCAAAAAUAGCCUUUGACAUUGUAAACCCAGAACUACCUGUGGAAGUGUUCCAUAAAUGCUAGGUCCACAGCUAGCUGUGGAAAUGCUAGGUCCAGAAUUAGAUCUGUAGAUGCUAGGCCCAUAGCUAUCUGUGUAGCUGUGGACACGCUGGGUUCAGAGCUAGCUGUGGAAAUGCUAACAGGCGAUUUUCCAUAUUAUGUGCUUUGAUGAUCUUUGAUCCUCACUGGCACUUUAAAAAAGAACUUCUCUCCGUCUCUGUUACUGAAAAACGCGGUACAUCACUGUGGUUUAUGGACACUGUUGGGUUUUGUCUGUUAGCUUUAGGAUCUGGCCCGAAUAUGAACUGGAUUUUCUUUUGAAAACCGCUGAGAAGUUGAGAGGAACAGGAUGAAACUCAUUUUUCCAAAGCGUAGUAAGAACCCUCAUAUUUCCUGUGUGUCAUAUUCACCUGUUUUGACUGUUUCUGACUGUAGAGGGUUGAAUUGUAUUGUUCAUGCUCUGACUUCAAAUGUGCUUCUCUUUAGGUUUAAUGGAAUUUUUACCAGCAUUCUGUAAAGCUUGUUCAACAGUCGCUAUGAAAGAACACGUUUGUGGGUGGAGCUUAGAGAAGGAGAUGGUGAGCUUUUACCAUCUGAAGGCACUUCUCACAGUCAGACAGUCACUCUCUGCCUUUUCCUUUGGUGCACUUUUUUGAAAAUUGAUACGAAUGACAUGCGUCUCCAGCGAAACGCUCCAGGCGGCUGUACAGUCGGAAACACUAGGUGCUUUUGACCUGCUCUACUCGUACCUCUGUGAGAACGAAAAGUGUUAUAUUUUGACAAUAAUGUAAAAGAAAAGAAAACACUGUUAUGUCUAAAACUGUAAUUAAAGCCAUAUUAUUGAUGAUUGGCGAGUAAUGCAAUAAGAACAGUGCUUCCCCCUGUUUUCAUGCAGUCGUCCAUUUAAAACAAAAACUCCUCUUCAUGGAAGAAGUAUUUAGGAUUUAAUUGGAUUGGAUUGAAUAUUAACAAACUCAAGGAUUUUUUUCUUUUUUUUUUAAAGCUAGAACACCAUGUUCUAGUUGUGUGUGUAGCUUCCAAAUCUGUAUAUUUUAUUAUGAUUUUUUUGUUCUGAGCGCACACAACACAGAAAUAUCUGUGGAAAUAAAUUAAUGGCAUUUAACAGUGGAA